AUGUCCCCAAGUGACGGCGGCACAAGACGCCUAUAUCUUUUAGACUAUGGCGCAGGAAACGUGCGAAGCUUGGCUAAUUCACUGACCGAGCUUGGUUAUACGUUCGAAUGGAUUAACUCGCCAGAGGACUUUCUUAAAGCCGAUAAACUUAUAUUUCCUGGUGUUGGUGCCUUCGAAACAGCCAUUGUCAACCUCGCUCAAAAGGGCCUUUUGGAGCCAUUGAGAGAAUACAUCAAAUCUGGAAAACCGUAUUUUGGGAUAUGUAUUGGAAUGCAGGUCUUGUUUGCCUCAUCGACCGAACCGCCAGCUAUGGGGGGAUUGGGCAUCAUCGACACACCAAUUGCCGAAUUUGACAAUGCUGGAAAACCCGUACCUCAUAUGGGCUGGAAUCAUGUCACCCUUCUCGCUGGGAAUGCUGAGGAUCGAAAGCUCGAGACCAAAGAGACAGGGAUGAGUGAGGCAAAGACGUAUUAUUUUGUCCACUCCUAUCGCGCUCCCUACGUCGCGACCCGGAAUGCCGAAUGGGCACAUACCACUUGCCAAUACGGCCGGGAGAUUUUCCUUGCCACCGUUAGACGAAGGAAUAUUUUUGCAUGCCAGUUCCACCCGGAAAAGUCAGGUCCAGCGGGUCUCAAGGUGCUUAAAUCUUGGUUGGAUGCUCCGAUCCACGCCAUCGAUGCGAUAUAUCCCGAAAGACCGAAACGUCUCAUCACCAUUCGUGAGAUGGAUGGUUUUACAAAACGGAUCAUUGCUUGUAUGGAUGUGCGAGCGAACGACAAUGGGGAUCUAGUGGUGACUAAAGGUGAUCAAUAUGAUGUUCGCGAAAAGGAAGAUGAAGAUUCAAGCAAUUCCACGGCGAUACCAUCAGCGACGGCAGCCCCGAGGGUACGACAGGUUCGCAAUCUCGGAAAACCAGUCGCACUUGCUAGAAGGUAUUACGAAGCGGAAGCCGACGAGAUAUGCCUUCUCAAUAUCACCUCCUUUCGAAACUCCCCACUUCAUGAUCAGCCGAUGCUGGACGUCGUGCGACAAGCUGCGUCUCACAUCUUCGUUCCCCUUACGAUCGGAGGUGGAAUCAAAGAUUCAGUAGAUCCAGAUGGUACACCUCGAUCCGCCGUUGAUGUCGCCGGUGCCUACUUCCGAGCUGGCGCUGACAAAGUAAGCAUUGGAAGCGAAGCAGUCUUAUCGGUUGAGAAAUUGCUCGCUUCACCCGAACAGAAGGGUGAUGGGACGAGUCCCAUUGAGACUAUCGGGAGGGUGUACGGCCGUCAGGCCAUCGUAGUGUCUGUUGAUCCUCGACGGGUGUACGUGGACCCGGGUUACUCUGGUCCUUAUGCGGACGAAGUUAUUUUGGGUUCGAAAGCGCUCAACGCACAACCCGGCGAACGCGAGAAAGCUUGGUGGUAUCAAUGCACCAUCAAAGGUGGUAGAGAAGACAGACCGCUCUCGGUCAAGCAGCUCGUUCAAGGCGCCGAAACUCUCGGCGCGGGGGAAAUUUUAGUGAAUAGCAUCGACAGAGAUGGAACGAACUCGGGGUAUGAUCUUGACUUGGUCAAUCUCGUUCGUUCUUCGGUGCGGAUACCGGUGGUGGCUAGCAGCGGUGCGGGUUCACCCCGACACUUUGUGGAUGUAUUUGAACGGACAGGUGUCGAAGCAGCGCUCGCGGCUGGGAUUUUCCAUAGGUUUGAAGUAGAAAUAAGUCAAGUGAAAACUGUCUGUCAAAAACGGGGUGUACUGGUACGCCGUGCAUGAAGCACACCAAAGAUCUUGAAUCCAUAUAUAUAUUCUACUAU